ACUUAUUGGGCACCAUGCACCAGGACAGUUUACACUUGGGCAUCCACGAAUGAUCGGUAUCGUCACUUGGCCUGCUUGAAGUAUAUAGAAUAAUGAUCCCCAGCACCCGACCCUUCUUCCCCUGUUGAACGGGCAGGCACGCCAACGGGUCAUACCAACCAAGUCGAAUACCAAACACCCAGCCUAUCUCGCGACACCAUGAGCCGAGGACCUCCUACGUUUAUUGUCGGUGCCCGUUACGACCACUAUUCGGGCGCUUUAAUCGUCGUCCCCGCCCUUCUAGGCGCUGCCCUCCUCAAAAUCCCGAUCACACCUGCGGUCUUGGCCGCGGCCGCCCCCCCUGUCGCUGCCGGCAUCUACGUCGUAGGUUCCAUAGCGCUGAAUGUCGCGGCCCUCGCUGCCGGCCCUCUGCGGGAUUGGGUCACGUCUUCUCGCCGCGCCGCCGCCGCCGCGCUCGCAAGCGCUCCCGGCAUCGCCAACAACCCCGAGUCCACUCGCGUCAGCCACGAGCGCAUCGCCGAGGAGCGGCAGGGCCUCGACUUCGAGCUAGGCGCCACGCACAUCGCGGUCUGCGGCGUCGCCGGGAGCGGUAAGUCGUCAAUCGUCAACGCACUGCGGGGCCUGACCCCUACGGCUCCCGGCGCCGCUGCGACCGGGAAUGCCGAGACGACGACGGCCCGGGCAAAGUACGCGACACAUCCGUCAAUCCAGGGAAGCACCCUGGAGGGGAUCUUCCUCCACGACCUUCCGGGAUCGGGCACCGUUCGAGUAACGGCUAUCGAGUACUACCGCAGAAUGAAGCUGUACCUUUUCGACCAUGUCUUCGUCGUCCAGGGGGCGCGCUUCGGCGAGACCGACGCAGAGAUUAUUCGAUCAUGUGUUAUACAGGGACAAAUGUUCACCAUAAUCCGCGGUCAAAUGGACACACUCAUAAACAACAAAAUCCAGGACUCGGAUGAUACCAUCAGCGACGCUGACGCCAAGGAAAGUGUCCGGGCGGAGUGCGCCGACGCCGUGGUGAACGAGAUGCAGAGAGCCGGACUGCCUCUUGCAGCAACGGAGAGUCUUCUACCGCGGUACGCCCUAGUCAACAGACAAGAUCUGCGGAGGCUUGCCAUUCAAGACCCUGCCAUGUGGCCGCAGCCUCGCGGCCCCACAGAAAUGAUGGAACGAGAGCUCCUCAAAGCACUGGGGAAGGCCAGCAUCAGCGACGAUGUGUUGGGUGUUGCGUGAGGUUCUGGACCUGAAGACAGACUAGGGGGCUUUCCUUUGAACGGAUGUAGGCUACCAGCGGGCUUUAUGUUCAGAGCACCACGGAUGUCUUCGGAGGCGCCCUCCCUAACCAGGAAUUGUGAUCCUGAGCAUCCAGAAAGGGAGGCGUUGGCUUUCAAAAAAAAAACAGGAGCCUCUGCCCCCUUUGCCUCGGGUCGUACGCUGGGCCACACCCUACACGCACUUGUUGUUUCCACGGACUACAUAAGCUUCAGCUCAGCGACCGCGCAUCUGCCAUUAUCCCAUAUGCUCGGACCGGGCGCCGAAGCCGUGCGAGCUGCAUUCUCGGCGUUUGGCACAGUUGAUGGAGUUGAGACGUCACAAAACGGAAGGGAACACAUGGUGGUCACAUACUAAUUCGGGCUUUGGGAUGCCGCCUGGGCCGCAAUUGGCUCUCGCGCCGUUGAAAUAAUAGGUACCUAGGUAGGUAGUAUACAAAUAAUUUCGUCUGGCGGAACCGGGUGCUACAGACAGAGGUCCGUUGAAAGAGCAAAACAUAACCGUGCAACCCCUUUCCCUAAUAUCUUACCCCG